UACCAGUUUAUUCGUGUAAAAUCAAAAGCAGCGCGCACAGAAUACGUCGCCACCGUUUGCGGUCAAUUGCAAUUGAAGUUGAAAUUGAAAUUUCAAAAUGGACAUAUCAGCCUACCAGCAUAUGAAUAUUCGUAUGAGUACACGGGGCAAGCGCCCACUGCGAAACUUAACGCCGAAUGAUAAAGUGCGGGCAAUUCAAAGAAUUCAUAAUGGCGAGACAAAAGCCAGUGUUUCGAGGGACAUAGGAGUUCCGGAAUCAACGCUUCGUGGUUGGUGCAAAAAUGAGCAAAAGUUAAGAUUCAUGUGCCGUCAGUUGGGAUCGGAUAACCUGGGACUGCCAAGUCUGGACACACCCCCGGAAAAACGCGCCAAAUUCGAGCUACAAUUGCUGCCCCCGAAAUUCGCAACAAUUCCCAGUUAUGACGAUCUCGGCAUCGGCAGUUUGCCCUGCCAGGCGAUGGCCUACACAACUCACAACGAGUCGUUGCUGGAGAAGUUCGCGUUGGUCGAGUUUAUCAAACAGAAGAGCUUGCACCCCGAGGCCAUUCAGCAGAUAACGGAUGCUCACGCCGCCAGCAAGGAUUCGGUUUCAUCAGUGCCGGGCUACUCAACCAACAACAUGGUGCAUCAGCUGAACUUAUUGGCUCUCUUCAACUCCAAGUUGUCGCCCAAAGCUAACUUCCAGGAGCCCAACAACAUACCGGAUCCGAGGCCGGACUGCACCACCACGCCGGAAGAAGCCAAAAAGUUUAAUUGUCCCCUCCUAAGUGUGAAGAACUGGGCAAAAGAUCCAGCCAAGCAUAGUCCGUCACCUAUCCAAACACAAUACAUCAACGAUAAUAACAAUAAUGACAUUGACUGUGCUUUUACACCCACAACAACAACUACAACAGCAACUCCAAUUGUUAGCAACAACAACAACAACAACAACAAAAACCAGACGGCGCUUCCUUCCAUGCUGCAGCCAAUCUUCGAGGCUCAGCCCUGCCAAGCAACUGUGAACUCUACACAAAUUCCUCUGGCUGAAGGCGACGGCCAUGGGCAGGGAGCUCUCCUGGAUUGGUGUAAAAUGUUCAGCGCGAGUUUGAAUUUCUUUGCAUUCGCUGCAGCUGCUGCUGCGUCCAUGCAUCCUACAGUCGAGGGCCAUGGCCUGCCUGGAGCGAUGGAGCCCGGAGCAAGCGGAGCGAAUGAUCUGUUGAAGAGGCUAAGUCCUUCGGUUCAUAGUGAGUCUUCCAAAGAAAGUUUUUACGACAGCGAGCCAGAAGAUCUGUCCGUGCGGUCGUGUGCUUCCAAAGUCUCUAGUCCGUCUAACAGCAGAUCCCACAGUCCCGAUAAGAGCAGUACGGCCAGCACCUCGGUCCAUAGCGAUGCGGAUCAAUAGUCAAUUCCGGAACUACCACUGUAGAUAAUUCUAAAGUACGUCUAAUUCUUAGAGCGUCCUUAAGUAGCGUAGUCGAAUCCAAUCCCAUCCCAUAAGUUUCGUUAAUCGGGCAAGAUUUGAUAACAAUUGCAAGUAUAAUCCUUAAAUUGUAUUCAAGCAAUAAUAACUAUCAAAACUUCUAAUUAGUUUUAAUGUCGCAACACAACCAUCAUUGACUGUGUAUAAAAACCAAAUGCAAUAAGUCUAUAGAACUAACGAGUUUUAGAUGUAUUAAAUAGCUUAAAUCUUUUGGCAUAUUUUUAACUUAUUAA